AACACAAGUGCAUGACUGGAGAUUACACAUGACAAGAGGGUGAAGCUUUAUAACCUACUGUAGGUGUAAGGCCCUUUGUGUGAGGAAAUCUUUGUGUAGUUUUCAUAGACAGUUCCAUUUGAUCAAAAAGAAAACUUUAACUUGCAGUGUACAAUUACCCAAAGGCUGUUAAAGUUGUGAGGUACUUUAGUAUUUCCAUUUAAUAGUACUUCUACACUACAUAUCAGAAGGGAAAUAAACUGUGCUUUUCCCUCCACCACAUUCAUGUGACAGCUGCUGUGUAAUUCUAUGAUUCUAAUUAAUUUGCAGGUUUACACAAAAAACAUCAUGAUCUUAUAAAAUACACUAUAUAGACAAAAGUACCCAGACACACCUCUUUAUGGGGCUAUUUUUCAGGGUUUUGGUGAGGCCCCUUACUUCCAGUCAACUGAAAUCUUAACGUUUCAUCACACCAAAACAUUUUGGACAAUGCUAUGCUUCCAACUUUGUGUGAUCAGUUUGGGGAAGACCCUUAUAUAUUCCAACAGGACUGUGCCCCAGUGCACAAAGCAGGGCAAAAUCCCCAUAGAAAUGCACCAAACUGUUGUGGCAAGCCUUCAGGAAGAGUGUAAGCUGUUAUAGCUGCAAAGCUGUCUGUGUAUUUAGAAUGUGAUGUCAUUAAGGGCCCUGUUGGUGUAAUGCUCAGGUGUCCCAAUACUUUUGUCCACACAGUGUAUACAUAUAUAACACGAUUACUAUCGAUUAGAACACCCAACAAAGUGUGAAACUGUUCAAAUAGCUCCACCAGCUACAACAUUAACAUGAUGCUUUUGUUAAUGAAUCAGCACUCAGUAUCCAUUUAACACGAAAUAAAAUGACGAUUUCAACAUGUCAGUACUUUUAUAUUUAAGUAAUUUUUUGAAUGCAGGACUGCACUUGUAAUUGAGUAUUUUCACGCUGUACUGCUACUUCUACAUAUAAGUAACCGAAUACUUCUUCCACUACUGACUUACUUCAUAUCAGCGCAGUGUUUAUCCUCUCUCAGUCUCUGGCGUUUUAAAUACAACUUCCAGGCAGCUCCUCCGCCUGAGUCACAAGGUCCACACGUCUCUGCUCCACUUCCCUAUGUGGUCCGGGGCGUACCUCACCUCCCCUUCUCUCAUUCCCAGCUCUGUGGAGUUGUGUCUGCGCUGUCCUGUGCUUCUCCCCUCUCAUCCCACGGUCCUCUCCAUUACGGUGGAUUCAUGCUCAGCUCUCGCCCUCUUCGGUCGCCAUGCAGAACAACCACCACAAGGAGCAUCUCUAUAAGAUUCUUGUGAUAGGGGACCUCGGAGUCGGCAAGACCAGCAUCAUCAAGCGGUAUGUCCAUCACAACUUCAGCCCCAACUACCGAGCCACCAUCGGGGUGGACUUCGCGCUGAAAGUCCUCAACUGGGACCAAGAGACGGUGCGCCUACAGCUGUGGGACAUCGCAGGUCAGGAGAGGUUUGGCAACAUGACCCGUGUAUACUACCGCGAGGCCAUGGGCGCCUUCAUUGUGUUUGAUGUCACAAGGCCUGCCUCCUUUGAGGCCGUCACCAAAUGGAAGGAGGACUUGGAUUCCAAACUGACACUUUCCAAUGGGAAACAUGUAGCCACUGUGCUUUUAGCUAAUAAAUGUGACCAGGGCCGGGAUGUACUGACCAAUAACGGAAUAAAGAUGGAGCAGUUCUGCCAGGAGAAUGGCUUUGUAGGAUGGUACGAGACAUCUGCUAAGGAGAACAUCAACAUCGAUGAAGCGGCCAACUGCUUGGUGAAGCACAUCAUCGCCAGUGAGAAUGACAUGCUCCAGUCAGAAGUUCCCGACACCAUCACCCCUCAGUUAGAGAAGGACAAAGGCGGGACAUGCUCCUCCUGCUUCAGAUCCCAGUAACAGCUUCUGACAGUUGGAUGUCCUUUUGUAUCUCAUUGCAGCACAAAGUCGAAUUUGUCUGUGAGCAGGAGGCAGAAGGAGAGCGACUUUGGCUGCUUUUUAAGAAACAUGUAUGGGUGCCAACUCUUUUCCUGUCUGGUAGUUCAGUAUGGGAGGGUGGUGGGGAUGACAGAGAGGCAUCAGGCUCAAGAAAUGGCUGGACUGAAACGGAUGCAGCUGUGUACACUAGUCAAAGGCAAGGUCACCCUCUGGGUGAUUUCAAGCCUCAAUGCUGCCACUUCGGUUGCCAUGGAGACACAGUUAACGAACACAUGCACACAAACAUUGCAGCAAAUCACAUUAUAACUGCGCCGGAGGUCCACAGAGAUUAUCUUUACGACAAACCAUGAUAUCUGCAUCUCUCCCUCCUCCUCCUCUUCAUCGCCCUUCUUUUUUCUUUAAGUCUCUUGCCCUCACUGUUCUCCUCUUUGUCUGAGUUUGUCCCUGCUUGUUUUUCCCCUCUCCUCAUUCCUCACUCACAGCAUUUUGAGUUUUUCACAUGUCAUUCUGCACUGACGAGCAGGAAAAAGAAGCACAUUUAUAUCUAAUAAUUCAAUGGUAAUAUAUUAAAUUUUUAUUCCACUGUUCAGUAUUUGUAAUAUUUGCCAUUAUGGGAUAAAUGCAUUUAAAUAUAUAUAGAUGUACAUACUAUAUAUACGGUAUAAUGAGACA